AUGGCUUCCACCCAGAAUCCAGACAGCAAGGACUCAGCUUCCCCUUUUCCCGACAUUCGCUCCCCAAAUCCUGAUCACGGCUUCCUAGUUAUUGACGCAGGUGAAUCUUUAGACACCAACACCUGGUCGCUUAUUCUCACCGAUGAUGAGGCUCGCUCUACCAGCUCUUCUGAAUCUGGUAGCAUUGAGGAUGUUGAUGCCGAUAACAUUUUUUCUGAUUAUUCGGACGAUGAGUUCGCGGAAAGAAAUACUGCCAGUCAAAAUGAGGUUAAAGAACAGGAUCAUCGCUGCUCUACCAAGCUGACUUCCAUUGGUGAAGGUAUUGCAAAGUGUUUCCAAUUACCAAAAAUUAGUUUGAAAUCUAGAACCGAAAGGGUCUCUUCUAAAUUAUCAGGGUUCAAAUUGGACUCCUGGUCAAAGAAACUAGCAGCAACUUUGCUUGUAAUUAUGUUCAACGUGGGAAUGUAUUAUCAAUUCUUUAAUAAUGCUAGGCUAUCACAAGACGGGGUUUCCUUGCUUGGUUAUAAAGAAAAUAUUUUGUCUCCACAGGAAUUGUAUACUACAGUUUUGGUGAAAACUACUGCAACAAAGACAGAGAUUGUUCAGUUGCCAGCUGAGACUAUAACAAUAGAACAUUUUGGAUUCCAAGUUCCAGAUUAUGUUAAAAGUUAUUAUUCCAAUGAAGGACAAAAUGUUGUUAAACAUCUUAAAUCUUUUUAUGACAAAACUUUGAAGGAUCACAAGUUAGUAUCAGAAGUUAAUGUUAUUUAUUCUGGCAUUAAGAAUGAAGCUUCUAAAUUUGGUAAUUCUAAGGUUGGCGAAUUUAUCAAUCAUAAUGUUAUCCGUCAUUUCUCUGCAGAGAAUAGCGAAAAAGCUUUUAGAUUAGGGCAGAAAGGUUAUAAAUCAAUGUGCCGAAUAAUUGGGGAAGUGGGCAACGAGAUUGAAGGGGCGUAUGUGGAAAACAGUCCUAUUGUGAUCAAGUUCUUCAAUGAAGUUAAGGAGCAAUCUGCAAAAACUGGCGUCGUCGUUGGCAGAACCUUGCAGGAGAAUUAUUUGCUGACUAAAUCAAAAAUGAUGACCUUCAACUACUCAAAGGCAUUUGAUGAAUCCUUUGCAAGUUUGUCUAACCAAGUAUCGGAAAAUGUUGAUUCUGCGAAACAAUUGUCAAAUAACUUUUAUCAAAGUGAUUCAGUGCAAAAUGCUAUUGAAUCAGGUAAUGAGCUCGCAAUGAGUUUUAAGAAUUUGAUAGCCAGAACUUCCAAAUCAUCAGCUAAAUCUCUCAAGUAUGGAUAUGAUAAUUUGUUAGUGAAGUCAAAUUUUGACACUAUCAAGGACAAUACCAAUGUAUUAUCUGAAUUGACAAAGAAAGUCACUGAUCGGUCGAAGUCCAAAGUGAAGCAUGCCUCAAAGGUGUCAUACGAAAUAUGGAAAAAUCUUUUUCUUGUCGAGUGA